AUGCAGCUUGCAUACCCAAGGAGGCCCGUGGGAGGAAACGCUGAGGCCCUUCUAGAACAGAAACCACUCCCUAGCACCUGCACAUAUAUAACUUUCCUGAUUCCUCUACCAAAACGGUUCAUUUUCCGGGCUUACCGAUGGCAAGGAUUUACUGUAAAGAGCCCUGGUAAGAAAAUCAGCAUCCUUGACACGUGCUUUUUUUUUUUCCUCGGGCCCCGAGAUAGACUCACAGCCAUCCACUUUCCUUCUCCCAGGGGAAAACUGGUCCCACAGUCUCUGAGGAAACUGGGAUGGCAUUAA